AUGUCCUUAAACAUCUCACUCUACACGGUUUCCGCCGCGUUGAUUCUAGGCCCCGAGGGCCAGAGAUUGUACGCAAAAUACUAUCAAAUAUCGGAUGCCGCACAGGCCUAUAAAACGCCCCAACAACAGGCCACGUUUGAAAAAGCGAUUUACUCGAAAAUCAACAAACAGCACCAAGACUUGAUUUUGUACGACAACCACUUGGUCACCUACAAGCAGACAAACGACGUGAUUCUUGUCAUUGUCAGUGCCCUCAACGAGAAUGAGUCGAUGCUCUACUCGUUGACAAACAACAUCAACGAAGCGUUGACUAUUUUGUUGGGCAAUUCCUUGGACAAAUCCGUGGUUUUGCUGAAGUACGACAUGGUGUGCUUGUGUAUGGACGAGACUAUUGAGGACGGAAUCAUAAUAGAAAUCGACCCGGCUAUCAUCGUCAGUCGAGUCACCAACCCGCCUUCAGGGUCCGCUGUGGCCAGCGACAUGAACAUGAACAUCGAUCUUUCUGAGAAAGGAUUGUUUGGUGCGUUGUCGUUUGCCUCGAAAAAAAUCAGUGAGAGGUUGCAACAGGGUUUGUAA